AUGGAGGGGGAAGCUCUCCUUCCCUGUGACCUUUCAACGACCGAGGAAGAUGAUCAGCCAGUUCUCAUCAUGUUCUACCUAUCCGAGAGCUCGAGCCUCAUUUACGCGGUCGACCUCAGAGGACGCCGGAAAAACCAAGCGAAGCAUCUACCUCUGUCGGUCCUGAAAGGUCGGUCGAGCUUCGACCUGAAGUCUGGGAAGUCCGGACUUUACUUGCAGACCGUGUGGAGUUCAGACGACGGACUCUACCGCUGCAGAGUAGACUUCAAGAAGUCCCCCACCCGAAAUUCCUUAAUCUACUUAACUGUUAUAGUUCCACCUGACAGCGUGAGGAUUCUGGACCGGAACGGUGAAGAGAAAAGUUCUACAAUCGGUCCUUAUGUGCUGGGCAUGACACUUACUCUAAAGUGUGUCGCCACGGGAGGACGUCCUCCACCUAAACUGACAUGGUGGGCGGGUUACAAGGAGGUGCGAGGUCAGGUCACCGAGGGCAAAGGGGAGGUCAUCAAUACUCUCACAGUGCCAUCUCUUCAACGGCAUCACCUCGAUCAGUCCUUUAUAUGUCAGGCAUCCAACGCAGAACUGGCAGUGCCUGUGACCGCUGCUGUCACUAUUGAUAUGACCUUGCCCCCAAUGUCCAUCAAACUCAUGGGCAUCGACGGCCCGUUAUCCGCGGGCAUCGGCGUGACGGUCAUCUGCCAGGUUGUUGGGGCACGUCCCAGCCCCUCCAUAAGCUGGUGGCUGGACGGUACCCCCUUGCGAUCAACUGGGGAACGACCUCGCGACGGCGGCAAUGUGACAGAGAAUCAAGUCGUCGUCACGCCCUCUGCCGAAGACCAAGGGCGGUAUCUCUCCUGCAGAGCCGAGACGCCUGGGCUCCUUCAGUCCUCCCUGGAGGAUGGCAUCAAACUCGUGGUGCAUUAUGUGCCGAAUGUGAAGAUCUCCCUCGAUCACCGUCUGUCAAUUCACGACAUCAAGGAGGGAGAUGACGUCCACUUCACGUGCGCCAUCAAGGCGGUUCCUACGCCUUUUUCCGUAUCCUGGUAUCAUAACGAAAUACACUUAAACCCGAAUACGACGGCGGGUAUCAUUGUCAGCAACUGGAGCCUCGUCCUCCAGAAUGUCAAUCGAUAUUCUUCGGGGGCAUAUACCUGCAGAGCAACCAACACUGAAGGACAGGGUGUUUCUAGGCCGAUCAUCCUCGACGUUAAAUUCUCGCCCCAGUGCAAAUCGGGUCAACGCUGGGUGUAUGGCAUCGCAACCCACGAGAUGGUGCACGUGUCGUGUCAGGUCGAAGCACAUCCCUCCCAGGUCUCCUUCCAGUGGGUGUUCAAUAACUCGGCCGACAUCACGGAGAUAGCCGAGGCGCACAUCACCAAUAAUCAUACGCAGAGCGUGUUGACCUACACUCCCAUAACGCAGAUGGACUAUGGGUUCCUUCUCUGCUGGGCCAAGAACAAGGUCGGGAAACAGCACGAUCCGUGUGUGUUUAGAAUAUUUCCUGCAGGUCCUCCGGAUAAAGUGAAGAAUUGUUCGGUGCUCAACGAAACCAAAGUCUCCGUCCAAGUGAAAUGUGAGGAAGGCUUCGAUGGAGGUCUGCCGCAGAGCUUUGUCAUUGAAGCCUACGAUACGCAAGGACGCAAAUUGGUUCGUUUUAUUUUCUCUGGAACUCCGUCCUUCAGCGUGAAGGGCCUCCCAUCCGGACUCUCCCUGACCAUUCGGAUAUACGCCACCAAUUCCAAAGGACGUUCUGAACCGGUCACCCUCCCAGCUGCUACCCAACAUGAUCUACCGAAGAAGGGAGAAAUAUCAGGGGUGAUCCCAGCAAGUGAGCUUCCUUCCACAAUGGAGCUCUACCCUUCCUUGGCCGUGAUCCUCGGGGUCGUCGGAGGCAUCAUAGUCGUCUUUGCGGUGAUCGUGGUGGUCAUGGUCGUCCGGAGGCCGAGGCGAGAUAAUCUGCAAGUACGACUCCAUCCAGACGACUCCAGUCAACACAUCCUCAAGAAGGACGACAGCCACAGUGGUCGUCUGGACAUGGAUGAAAAGGACCCGGAUGUCAUUCCCGAAACACGAGGGAGCAGGGCAGACUUGAUGGAGUGCAGGGUAGUGGCUGACGUUUCUACCCUCUAUGGAGAGAUGGUGGCGGGUACCCCGGAAACGUCAACGCAUGCCCAGCUCUCCAGCGCUGAACCGACGCCACCUCCCCCACCCCCCCACGCUAACGUUUAUGUGGAGUCAAGCCACGUCACUCAUGCCCACGUGAAGCCCGUCGAUGCCCACGCAGAGUCUCAGCCCCAUGCCCAUCACUCCCAGUAUGUCCAGCAGGAGUACCCAGCUCACAUCCCUUCCCCACCCGCUGCUGUUGACCUCCAUCACGCCGGUUCCUACCACCACAUGACCCAAACGCCCACCAGCUGUCCCGCCCCCACAUACACUCUGGCCCAGGCCAUGCCCAUUUCUCAUACCCAAACGCUCCCACACCCUAGGUCUAAUCACGGGCGAGGAUACAGCGCUCAUCCUGCAACUCUCCAGCGAAGGAGCAGCCUAUACAUGGAUCCCAUGAUCUCCACCAUCGCGCCUCCUAUCGCUCCACCACCUGCCUACGGGUCUCCUACGUCAUCACUAGCUUCCGACAUGAUGGGCGUGGUGCCCAUGGUGUCCGAGACGGUCUGCAUUACGCCCAACAACCCCCUCCACGCCCACAUCAAUCCGCCCGAACAGUACCCGCCCAAACCUUUCCCGUCUUCGUUCAGCUCCGAUCGCAUGGAAAGUGCCGUGUGAGGUUCCUCCGCCUCGAAGGAUCGGGAUGGAACCCAGAUAUAGAAACUCAGACAGAAAUCGAGUGAAUAUAAUCAAAGCAUUUAUUGAUCGCGAUGGACGAGGCUAACUCCUCGAUUGUCAUGAUGCGUAACGAAGUGGAUAAAUGUUACAGUAACACAAGAUUGGAAAAGGCCUGGGUCGCGGGUCACGUGAAAAUAAUAAUAGUUUUAAAGAGAUAAUUUUUACCCAAGGAAAAAAACAGAAGUUGAUAGCAUAGAAAUAAGAAAACGGAUAUAUACCUAUCUUGCUCUGCGCUUAAUUAAAACUUUCUGAACAAGUUAAACCCGGUUUUAGAAAAUAAAACGUAUAGUAGUCAUGAGGACAGGACCUGGUCAAUUUUGUGCAGUAGACAUUACUGAAUAAACCCGGGUUUGAGUAUCCUUUUUUUUUUUCGUUUUACGUCGGCAUAAGUAUCUCUGAAACUUUCUCAGGAAAGUUAACUAAAAUCAGUGUUUGUUUUAUAUUGACAAGAAACAUAACCGUAGUUGCAGCGAUUGUUACUCGGAAUGUUUAUGUUAUAUAAGAAAUAGCCAUUUUUUGGAGAUAGUUUUUACAAGAUCAAGCUCAACUCUUCUCAAUAGAGAAAAACUCUUUUGAAAUAGAAGGCCGGAUGUAUAUGAACUUUUUACGGCUUAAGAAAUGAAAAGAUAAUCACGAAUAAUUUGUUCAGGAAUUUGAAUGUCUGGUUGUGUGUAAGUACAUCAGGUAGAGGCCCUUGCAUAUUGAUUGGUUUAAUCCUUAUGUUCUUAUUUCUCCAUAUAUUGGUACAUCCACAUACA